GAAGCCAGCACCGGAAGUGUUCAGUGUUUACUGCCUCUGAUUCCUUCCUGGUUACAGACAGAAGAGGAUUUUCAACAGAAGGUAUCUGAGAGACCUGCACACAGAACCACAGCUUUGCAUUGUUAUCGGAGCGCUGUGCCCAAUCUUCUGCUCCUUGACCCCUUAGAGCCCUCAAGUUUGGAGGGCUCUCAGGGAGCUUGCUCCUGGUUCACCAGCAGACUGCUUACUUGCGGCUGAAGCCCAGCUUGCACUGACGCAGAAGAUAACCCCACCUUUGUUGUUGGUUGUUCAACAGCCAACACUAACCCCCUUUGCACCCUAUAUAUCUACACCCCCCUUCAUGAACUGCAAUGGACAUCAAUUUGAUUAGCCUCUGAAGAUCACAGACACCAUGUCCCGUCUCCCGUAUAACCCCUAUGCCUCUGGGAACCAAAAUCCCCCCCAGGGGCAGUAUGGACUCCCCAAUACACAGACUGAACGGGAUUCUCGGAGGCCUGCUUCUUUUCUUGGAUAUAGUUCACCACUUAGUUCUUUUGGAGCUCACUUUGGGGUUCCUGAGAACUCUGGGGGAAGGAUGCCUGCACCACUGAAUUACAGGUCUGAACCAAGUAGGGUGAUAAGGGAUGAGGAUGCAAAGAGCUCCAUGGACAUGCAUAUUAGCAAAGCCAGGGAGGAGGCCAGGCUUGCCAUGAAUCCAAUGCGUCAGCCGAUGGACCAGAGGCCUCCCUUCACCAGCUCUCAAAGAGAUGAGUUUCGCCCCUCAGGCACAGGGAUGACCUCUUACCCAAUGACUUCAAACUCUUCCCCUCGAGACACACAUCAGUUUGCCAUGGGAAGUAGUAAUAACAACCCUAACUGGUUAACAAGGCCCUCAUCUGACGGCUCUUUAAUGAAGUCAUCAUCCGCGUUGUCAAACCUUGCAAGCGGUGACCGUGGAAGGUUUGAUGCUCCCAAAGAAGAACAGCGUGUUAUGCAGGGUAUUCCAGGGUUAGGGGACUUUGACUACCGACCUUCGAACAAACCUCAACCCUCAACGGACGCCAAUCAACCGAAGUACACAUCUGAAUCGGCUUCUAGCAUCCUCCAACGCUUUGGGCUUGAAAAAGAGGAUCUGGAACAUCUCAUCUCCUAUCCUGAAGACCAGAUCACUCCUGCUAACCUGCCGUUCAUCUUGCGCCAAAUACGCCUCGAGAAGGACAAGAAGGCCACGACUGGAGUUCAGCCAAGCCCUUAUGCUGAACUCCAACCCACCAGGACAGUUGGUGGAUUGGACAGUUACAGUUUGAAUAGAGGGGCAGAGGUGCACAUCGAAGAAACCGCAUCCUCUGUUCUACAGCCGAGUCAAGUGAUCGACUAUGGACAUAUUGGCAAAUACACAGCAGGGGUUGGGGAUGACAUUGGUAGGAAAAGUGAAAGAGACAACAGUGGUGGGAGUAAGUUGUUCAUGAUGGACACUGCUGCUAACAGACAGAAUCCAGAACCACUGCAGAAAAAUACAACAGAUUUGAAAAGCAGUGCGUUUGGUUCUUCACGUGAGCAGGGAAGUUCUUUCCCUGGUCCCAGCUCUUCGUACAGUCCAGCUAUGAGCUCUGUGGCUCCCCCAGGCAGCGAUCAGACAAAACGAUUGCUGCCCCAACCCAAUCAGACUUUCCAGAAUAUCCUCAGCUCUUUCUUGUACCCGAAGAAAGACACAGACACCAGAGGUCUCAUGUCAGACGCGUCCAAACCGCUAUCUUUGAAGCAACCGGACGGAGAUCGGCAGGCAUCGAAAGCUCAAGUACCCUCCGCUUCCUCCCACGGCACGCAUCCCAGCCGACCCGGCCUCGUGCUCAUCGGCAGCAAUGACCCCACUGACGCAAAGGACUCGGGUAAAACAAAAGGUAAAAUGUCAGUACUUAUUGAACAUUUUAUUAAGCAGCGGAAACUGAGGGAGCAAAUGCAGCAACAACCCACGCAGCCAACGAAGCCGGCGCAGCAGCAGAGGCAGCCGGCGCAGAAGCAACAAUCAAAGCAACAGACGAAGCAGCCCCAGAAGAAACCAGCACCACAGCAGACAAGGAAAGUGUUGCCUCCAGUUUUUGGGAAGUCAGUCCCCACUGGUGGUGCCAUCGCAAGCCAGAACAAACUGCUUACUUCCAAAAAGCAGCCCAAAGACAAGGUGGCCGCCUCCAUGGAUCGACCGACGCCGGUGAUGAUGUCCGACUAUGCAGCCGCCUCACCAAGAAUCUUUCCUCAUAGCUGUACUCUGUGUAACAAAGAAUGUACUAAUAUGCAGGAUUGGAUCUCCCACCAGAACAGCAGCCUUCACCUUGAGAGCUGCACACUUCUCAGAAAACGGUACCCAAAGUGGGAUGGUGAGAUUGUACAUGAGCCAAGGGCUACAGGUAAAGAUGCCAAGCCCUCAACCUCUGCAAAGAAAACUCGGCGUGGAAGCCGCUCUCGAUCAAAAUCGUUCAGCCCCCAUCGCCGGCCCGGCUCAGCGGGUAGAAAGGAUAAACGAAGAAGCCGCUCUCGAUCUUGGUCUCCACAGAGCUCCAAAUACAAUCGCAGCUAUCGGUCAAGGUCACAGAGCCCUGAGAGACCAAAGCGCAAGGAUGACAGACAAUCAUCUCCACGGAGAACUCGAGAUAGACGAUCACCCUUCAAAAGGAGCAACGAGUCAUGGUCCCCACCAAGGAGGGCCGAUAACAGGCGGUCGCCCCUAAAGAGGAGUAACGAGUCAUGGUCCCCACCGAGGAGGAGCGACGAUAGAUGGUCGCCACCAAGGAGGGGCGAUGAAAGGCAGUCGCCACAGAGGAGGGCGGGCAAGAGGUGGUCGCCACCGAGGAGGAGCGACAAUAGCAGAUCGCCACAGAGGAGGAGCCAGGAGGGACAAGAGGGGUCGUCUCCUCAACAGAAGGGGUUGAACAAUGCAGAGAGUCUGGCUAAGAAACUACUGGAAACAUCAGCUGUUCAGUCGCUCUCAAAUCAGUCCGACCUUGAGGCCGUGGUUAAAACUCUAGCUCCCGCCUUAUUGGCCGAGCUAGCCAAGAUGACCUCCCCCUCCACCUCCUCGUCUUCGAAAGGAGGGCAACGCUCCGUGCCUCCUUCCUCUGCAAGACGAAAGAAACCUUCUUCUUCUGCCGCCUCCUCUACAGCGAGGAUGAAGGGCUCCACCAAAGCACUUCCUAUCCUAAGGAGUGAGGUGGAACUAAGAAAUAUUGAUGAAGGUGUCUCUUACCUGGAUUUGGUCUCUGCUUUGGAGCGAUUCGGAAGAACAACAUAUGUUGAAAUCUUCCGGGCCACAAAUCAGGGAAUCGUGCAGUUCAAGAAAAUAGGAGACGGUGAUAUAUUGAAGCGUGCCGGGUCUCUUGAAGUGAAAGGAACAAGAGUCAUUGUUAUGAGAGAAAAGACGGCUGGGACUGAGAAGCAGACAAAGCAUCCUCUAAGAAAACCUGCCAGAUCCAGUUCCUCCACCCCUCAGACCAACACCACUAGAAAGACUCUUCUUCCUACACCUUUCAUUCCUCCGCUUUUGGGUUUGACCACUGGAGCCAGAAAAGGUACAAAAGGCAAACUUAUGUAUCCGAAAACCGCCGCUAAAGACCCGGCUAAAGGUUCAGCUAAAGGGGUGAGCACUGUCGCGAAAGCCAAAGUCUUGGUGUCCAAGGCAAGGAAUGUCUCGACCAAGAGGAUUACCAAAACCAUAAAUACCACAAAGUUGCCUUCAAAAGGAACAGGGAAGACCGCCAUGACCAAGCAAAGUGCUUCCUCCGCAUCCAAGGCUGCAUAUGUAGCAAAUCAGCAAGAACCUGCUGGCUUGAAACAACAACCUAUCCCUGUGAGAACCGACACCAGGAGUGUCACUGUCACUGCCAAAGUGGUUAAGCCAGCAAACAUGGUGAAUACUAAGUUAAUACAAGUCCCACUGAUGGAAGAAAAGGACUUCUUAACUUUGCAGACACCUGAAACUCCUUUAGAGGAGCCGGCUGCAGGAAAGGCUGAAGCAGUUGGAGAGAAGUUAACUUUACCCGCCAAGCCUGAACCUUCAGACAGCAGGCCGGGCACUGGGGACUCUAAAGAACAACUUGUACCUGAGAAAUCUGAAAAAGGAAGUGUAGAAGUCAUCAAGAUUACAAACAGGACUGGUACUGAACCAGCUAAAGACCCAUAUACUGAAAGAAAGGUCCUGGUUACCCAAGCAGAAACAACCCCGACCGCACAGAGACCUGAAACUCAAACGGCCAAGCCUCCUGGAUCAGGAGCUGUGAAUAUUGCAGAAACAGCUGUACCUUUAAGACCUGGAAAUGCAGGAAAACAGGCACAAGGAGAAAGUUUCAAACCCACCCAGUCUGAGACCAGGGGGCAAGGAUCUGUGGAGGUGCAGGCAGACACAGUGGAGUCUGGGAAAGCUUCACCUCCGACCGUGGUGAAGCUACAUGGGAUUUGUAGUUCUCUCUCUCACAGUGAGGUGGUCUCUGCUGUGGAGCGCUUUGGAAAAACUAAAUCUGUGGUGCUGUUUCGGGCUCGAUUGGAGGCUGUCGUGAUUUACGAGAAAGUGGAAGACGCCAAGAAGCUGAAGAGCGUAAAGAGCCUCGAUGUGAACGGACUAGAAAUCAGCAUAGUCGGAGAAAAGGAGGCUGUUUCUAAGGAGCUAAAGACCCCUCAUCUGAGAAAACCUCCCUCUUCCAGUGCUUCCCUCGCUGAAUCCAGCAAAGGAAAGGUUCCACCUCCUUCACUCACCGCUCCUAAAGGUGUGACAGCUGCGGCUACAGAAAAAGCCUUCACUCCAGAAGCAAGCAGUGUCUCAACCCUGCAGAUAAUGAAAACAGAACCAUUGGCGGUGAAAGGGGAUGUGAAAAAAGGAGCGGCGGUGAAGCAAAACGCAUCCUCAGUUUCCAUGUUGACGUCUUCUGAAAAAACACCUAAAGCCGCUGUUGAAGAAUCUGUAGUUUGCAAAUCUGAAGUUACAGAGCAAGUCAAAGAUGCAGGAACAGUCUCAACCAUGCAGAAACCCUUAACUCUUGCAGACAAGCUGCCUGCAGGAGAAACGUUGCUUGAAGAAUCUGCCAAAACUGAUGAUGCAGGUGAACCAAUGGAGCUUGAAGCAACGGGGGUUAAAGUGUCAGAGCAUGUUCCUGAAGACUCCGCCAACAAGAACCAAACACCAACAAGUUCAAGUGAGACCCAGCUGACAGAAACCUCUGUCAAAGCUUCAACACAAGUCCAGCAAAGCACCCUGCCAGAACUGGAAUCAAGAGCACAAGAACCAGAGACCAGGACAGAAGAGGCUGGGACGAAAACAACACAGAAAGAGACUCACAUCGAUCCAGCUGUGUCCACUGAGGUACCCUCAUCCUCUAAACCAGCAGCAGCGAUGGAUCAGGAGAAACCUGCAGCCUCCCAACAGUCGAGCCCUGCAGUCACUCCUCCAACCAUCGGGGAGACGUUAGAGAAGCACUUGUUUCCACGCAGCAUCUAUUGCCGGUCGUUUUGUAACUACCAACCUGAGAAUAUUCCCAAAGGUUACAAACAAGUGCUCAUCAGUGGACUGCCGCUGUAUCACGAAGGUUUCUACACGGAGGGGGACGUCGCCAAUGUGCUGGCUCCAUUUGGGUUCAGAGACAAAGACAACCUCUUCGUCAUUCCUCAGUCGUGCAUGGCCUUUGCCAUGAUGUCAUCAGUGGAGAAUGUGAUCUACUUGAUGAGAGAGUCUGUCAUGAACGGCAUUUACUUCAGAGGGAUCAGACUCCUGAUUGAAAUCGUAGGCAGUUGCUUCCCGCUGACGCCGGUUGAGUUUUAUGGAUAUCUGAAGAGGGUGCUCAAGUGUUCUACACCUGACGAGGCAGAGAGGACGGUCAUCAUCAAGAACAUUUCCCAGAGUGAGAUGAGGGAGCUCAGAGAAGCCCUGAAAGAGUUUGGCACCAUCACAAACUUCAUGCCGCUCCUCAGCAAGCUUUUCAUAGAAUUUGAGUCGGUCAGAGACGCAGAUACGUUUGAAGGUUGGUACCUUCAGAUGUAUCCAACUCCUCGUCACAAUGUGUGGCCGAAAAGACAGAUCCUCAGACUCCAGUCAUCAAGUCCUGGGAUUGAAGUUAUGACAACAACAGGCGCAGCAUUGGAAAAGGACGCCUCCAAAACGGCCGACAACGCCUCCGCUGUGACGACAGAAAAGGUCUCUUCUUCCACAACUACAUCAGAAGCUGCAACGAGUCCAAGUGUUGCAGAGGAUGCAACCGUGCCCUUCAAACCAGAACCUGAGAAAUCAGAACCUGUGGAGGAGCUGACAAAGACUGACCAAGCUAAUGAGUCAGAAAACAAGACAGUGGUUGAAGCAAAGAGCUUGGAACCAGAACCGUUAUCAGAGAGCUUGACUGCAACAGAAGAUGUGUCAAAUAAAGAGGUCGCAAAAGGAAAUCCGCCUGACUCUGGUGACUCCGAAGAGAAGCCUGAAAACCGUCUUAAAGGACCUGGUGCUGGGCUGAAAGGAGCUGAUAAAGACAGGACAGUUGGUGAUCCAGCAAAAGGCCAGUCGAUUGAAGAAAAGGUCUUGCCCCCCCAUGUGGAACUGGCCCCAAGUCUGCAGAAACCCCAAACUGAAGUGGAGUCAGAAGUUGAACAUAAUGAAGUAAUGGCAGUGAAGGUUCCUGGAUCUUUAGAGGUGCCGACAGACGCAGCUGAGGUUGUGGAAGAAGAAGAUGUAGCAGCUCUUGAACCUAACGAUGAAGACGAAGAUGAACCCAUGGAGCUUUGGGAGCAAGGAGUUGAAGAAGCUACAAGUUCAGAGGCUGAUCCAGGGAAUUCUGCAGAGAGACCCAAAGAGGACCAGGCUGAGACAAAAACUAGACGAACAGCGGAGGAACCAUCAUCCUCCAAACCAUCAUCAACGAGCCAGCAGAAGAAACCUGCAGCCUCCAAACAGUGGUCCACUGCAGUCACUCGUCCAACCAUCGGGGAGAUGUUAGAGAAGCACUUGUUUCCACACACCAUCUAUUGCAAGCAGGCAGCCAACCUCUCAGCAGUGUCUCCUGACAGACAGCUGCUCAUAACGGGCCUGCCGACGUAUCAGGAAGGUCUCUACACAGAGGACGACAUCGCCGAUUUGCUCACUCCAUUCGGGUUUCAAGACAAAGAAGACAAACUCUUCGUCAUCCCUCAGUCGCGCAUGGCCUUCAUCAUGAUGCCGUCUGGGAAACAUGUGUUCCACCUUGUAAGAGAGUCCGAGAAGAACGGCCUUUACCUCGGAGAGAAGGAACUCUUUGUUCAAGUCGUAUGCCUCCGAUAUCCAAUGAGGCUGCUUCAGUUUUACAGAUUUCUGAAGAAGCUGUUGAAGUGUUCUGCGUUGGGUGAAGGUGACAGAACCGUGCUCAUCAGGAACAUUUCCCUGACUGAGAUGAAGGAGCUCAGAGAAGCUCUCAAAGACUUUGCUCCCAUCAAAAACUACACGCCCCUCCUCAACAAGCUUUUUGUAGAAUUUAAGUUUGCUCAAGAUGUUGAUCGGUUUGAGGAGUGGUACGGUCACCUGGGCCACGCCCCUGAUCAUGAAGUCGUCAGGCUGAAGAAGCAAGGUCCUGUGACUAAACUGACGACACACAAGGAUGCAGCCAAGGAGAGCCAUCUGACUUUUGGGGAGAACUUUGAGAAGUUCCUGACUAAGAAAAAACUGGGAACCAUCAAGUCUGACUCUGCGAAUACGCCAAAAAUGCUCCUCUCUUGGCUGCACAACGAUACCUCCCACACCGAGGACGACAUCAUCGAACUGCUCACUCCGUUCGGGUAUCAACACAAAGACCACAACAUCUAUGUGUUUCCUCAGGCAUGCUUGGCCUUCGUCCAGAUGCCGACGGCGAGGGAUGUGUUUGACAUAUUAAGAGCCUCAAAAAGAGAUCCCAUCAUGUUGAACGGCUCUGGGCUGACUGUCCAUGCUUUAAACGACAUCGUUUCAUUGAGACCGUUCUGGUUCUAUAAAUCCCUGAUGCAGCUGGUGAACUAUCCUGUGACAGAGGACAAAGACAGCGUGAUCUUCAUCAGGAACAUCUCAGCCAGUGAGUUCCAGGAACUCAGAGAGGUUCUGAAAAAACUGGACUCCGUCAGGAACUUCUGGCCCCUCCUCAACAAGGUGUUUAUAGAGUUCCAGACGCCCCGUGAUGCUGAUUGGCUCGGGGUUUGGUACAGUCUGAUGAAAAAGCCUCCUGACCAUCGAAUCCAGAGGCUGAAGAUACCACACAGCAGCAGCAGCUCAUGUCCGGCACCAAAAAUCCCUCAGGACUUUCUCCUUGAGAGCAAGGAUCUAAUCGAAGGGGCGACUCUCCCGUCAGGAACAGCCGGCGUCCCACAGGGCAGCACCUCGCCGUUCUGGAUCAGUUUGAGGAACAGUCCCUACGUGUUCCCCACCAUGUGUCCUUGGUUCAUCAUCCCAGAGUACCAGACUGCCAAGGGCGUGUAUGACAUCGAGAAGGCCAGUCGUCGAGGUUUGAUGUGCCCGACUGUCAUGCUGACCGGGUUACCAGAAGGAGACUACAAGCAUGAGGACGUGGCGAGGCUGGUGUGGCCAUUUUUCCCCAAACACACCCUUCGCUCCUUGUACUACAACGUGACCGUCUUACCGCUGCAGAGGAGGGCGUUUGUGUUCUUCGCCGAUUGGACCACCUGCUGCGAUUUCGUCAAAGCUCACAUCGAGAAGCGGAAUUCACUCAAAGGACGAAUGAUCAACGUCCACUUUGUGUUGCAGAACAUGUAUCCUGAGUCCAACGAGGAGGCGAUGUACAGAAGCCUGAUGAAGCUGAGUAACGCUGGAGUUCCUGACCUAACGUCUCUGGAGGAGCGGCUGCUGUGCGUGGAGGUCUCUGAGGUGUCUCUGGACGUCAUCACCUUGGUCAUAGAAAUGGUGGCGUCCAUUACGACCUUUGUCAACUUCCUUCCUCUCGCCAACAGAAUAUGCAUCGAGAUGGCCGACUCCAGCGGUGUCGCCCAAGUGGUGGAGAAAUACAACGACCUUUCCCCCAGCUCGUUCACAGAGGACCCAGCUUGGAGUAAAGUUCAAAACUUUGAGACCUUGGAGAGCCUCAGACAGCGCCUACAAGCCUCUGAUGACGUCACGAUAAACUUUGAACCCGCCACCAUCAGUGAAAUCAACGAUCCCUCUGACAUCGACAAGACCGAGCUGCAGUCCAUCAGGGUGACGGUGGGCUCACAGAGACUCGUUCGAAAGGGCAGGUCUCUGAGCCGGGAGAGGACGGGUCAGGAUGAUUUCACAGAAGACAACAUCUGCUCUGACGCCUACCUCUUCGACGAGCUACAGUUCAACGAGGAGGACUUUGUCACCGUCGACGAAGUUUACGAUGACGCCGAGCCUCAUCACUCCUCCUCAUCCACGCGCUCCUCAAGACAGAGAACAGAGAGACAGAGCUCAGGUGGUCGAAGGACCUCCACAAGGUCCUCCAAAGACCACAGAAGCUCAGCCUCAUCAUCCUCGACGGCUAGAUCGACUAAAGGUUCCAGAUCUUCCAGCUCGAGCACCGAUUUAAAAAACUCAUCUAAACCCACCAAAUCCAGUACCAAACCUUCAUCCUCUACAAGUAAGGCCUCCUCCUCCUCUUCUCUUCUAGAGUCGACUGAAACUCCUUCCUCCUCUGGUCCAGGUACGCAUGAAAGGGAAAGUGUAAAACCCACAGCAGGUGUUCAGGCUUCAGUCGAGACUCAACCAGAGCAGCUUGAAGAGGAAUCAGAAGACGGCGCAGUAGCAGGGUCUGACCACAGAGUGUCAGCAGAGGGCUCUGCUACAGAAACUGUUGAGUCAGAGGCAAAAAUGGAAGCAAGAAAAGAGAUGCAUCCUCCUCAGCAGGGACAAGGAUUAGAUUUGACCCAAACUCAGGACCCAGAGGUUGAUUUAAAUGGUAGCACAAAGAAAAACCAGAAGAAAGGCAAAGAAGAUGAGAAGAAUACAGCCGGUCAAAUCCUCAAUUCAUCCGAUGAUCAAUCAAACAAGCGGAUGGAACAUGAAGGCCAAGAAGGAAGCUCUGGACCCCUGCCUGCUGGAUCUGAGGGAGGCCAGAUCUUUGAUAGUGUCGAAGAUAACCCUGAGGAGUUUGUUGAAAUGGACGUUGAAGGUCCUUCACAAGAAGACAGUUUGGCUUUAAAGCAGCUAUCGGAAGAAGAUGCUGUUCCAAAAACUGAUGAGCCUACAGGCAAGGAUGGAUCAGGUGCAGGACAAGAGACCAGCAAUGAGGAUCAGUGUGAGGAACAAGCUCCAAGGGGGAAGAGGACUACAAGGCAAAAAGGAAGGGAAGUCAAAGGCAGCAAAGCCUCCAAAGAGGAAGGAACUCACGAGGGGCAAACUCCCGAUGAAGGUGGCAAUGAAGAGGACUUGAGAGAUCCUGACACCGACCAAGCCUUUGAAAUACUGGAUUCCAUCGACGAUCAGACUGAAACAGAAGAAGACCGCCGUGUAAAACCUGAACCUUCCAGUGCACCGACAUCCGAAGACAAGAGACCAGCGGAGGAAGAGGACGACACAUAUCAGGUCAUCGAUUCUGUGGAGGAUCAGACUUCAGAGUCAGAUGCAGGAAGAAGGCAAUCGAGAUCCAGGAGAGGGAACGCCAUCGCCAGGAAAGAUGAUAGGCCUUCAAGGAGGAGCAAUCUUAUGAGCGAGACACCUAAAAGUGCUGAGAAGGAGAGAUCCCCCAAGAAACAAGACCAGACUCGUAAGACGCGUGCAAAGAUGGGCGCCACCGCAGCAAAACAGGCCGGUGAGGAGAUGCUGUUUGAAGUAGUAGAUUCUGUUGAAGGGGAACCAGUUGUGGACGCCGCAGUCAAGGAAAGCUUUGGUAGAAGAAGAAGCACCAGAGGAAAGAAGGAAUCAGAGAAACCCGAGGAGGUUACGUACGAGAUCUUAGACUCUGUGGAGACGGCGAACGAUGAACCAACCGUCACAACAAGAUCAAGAAGAGGAAGAACAUCUGAAGGAGCUCCAGUUGGGAAAUCAAAAAAAGAAGAAGACACGCCGACAAGGAGGAGGCAGACUCCCGCCAGAGAGUCACGAAGCAGGGAGAAGACGCCAAAGAAGGAGGAGAAAGAGAGCUCGCCAACGAAGAAGAGCGCCGCUGCUGUUGGAGAGGCAACUGAGGAGGUUGCUACCUAUCAGAUCCUGGACUCCGUGGAGGACGGCGUCGAGGAUGAUCCGCCAGCUACGAGAGGAAAAGGCAAAAGGGGAAGGCAGAAGAAACAGCUUAAAACCGCUAAAAAAGACAACGCGGCAUCAAGUAAGGAUGACAAAGACGCGUCUGAAAAAGUGGCGGAAGAAGACGAAGCGACGUAUCAGAUUCUGGAUUCUGUGGAGGAUGUGGACGACCAGCCCCUCGUAGAGCAACCGGGGAGCGAAAGCAAAGAGGACGAGCAAGAACAGAAGAGCGCUCCUCUUGUGGCGUCAAGCAAAAGUGAGGAGGCGGAGGAGGAACCGUUGUUUCAGGUCGUAGAUUCUCUGGAAGACGAUCAAGAAGUUCAAGAAGAGCAGACGACCGCGGCGGCGGCGUCUGAUAGAGAACGACGAGAAGAAACAGAAGAUGAAAGUCUCCCUCAGAAGGUCGACGCUUCAGAGGUGUCAGUCAGUGAUGAGUUAUCCCUCACAGAAGAGUCGGGUACAGGUAAGAAGGUAGAGGACUCAUCACCAAUCAAAUCCCAGAGUGUUGCUGUCACGCCUGAAAGAGAGAGCAAGGAGAAAGAACAGACAGAAAGCUCUCUGGUGAAUCUAGACAAAGUUAGUGACGAGGAGGAGGAUUACCCGGACGACACAGCGGAGGAGGAAGAACUGAGGAAGCGCCAAGCUGCCGCGAAAGAGAAGUUAUUACCGAGGGGGCAGCGAGCGAGGAGGACUGCGGCGAGGGAGGAGAGGGAGCAAAGGAGCCGAAGAGGAGGCGAUGGAGGAGGGGGGGGGAGUCAAAGGGGGAGUAAAAGAGGAAGGGUGGAGGUGGAUUCCCGGGAGCUGGUGACUCUGGACGAGGUGGGGGCAGAUGAGGUCGAAGAUGAAAAGGUGCCUGAGGAGGGAACGGAAGGAGAGGCGCAAGCACUCGUCACUCUGGAUGAGUUCGUAGAAGAAGAGGCGGAGGAGGGAAAGGUGGGGGUGACGAAAGGAGAGGAGGCGCAGGCACUAGUUACUUUGGAUGAGUUCAUAGAAGAAGAGAGAAAGGCAGAGCAAAGCCAAGAGGAUGAAUCCGUGGAUGACCUGAACCCUGAGACUUUGGUAACUCUAGAUGAAGCCGACUUUGACGAAGACGACAAGCCGGAUGUGGAGCGAACCAAGAAAACUCAAACAUCGGCAAAACGCAAGCAUGAUGACGACACAGAGGAAAGCAUGAACUUUGUGAUCGUGGAUGAGGUAAAAGAUGAGGACAACAGGGAAGCUGCAACACCCAGGACAAGAGACCGAGCCAAGAAGAGAACCAGGCAGACCCCUGUAAGAAAAUCUACCAGGGGGAAACCGGAGAGAACGAUGGAUGAACGAGAAGAAGAAAAGAAACCAACUGAUGGACUUCCUUCCACUGCACACGAUGCCUCUUCCUCCUCCUCCUCGUCAUUGGACAAAGAUCCAUCAAAACUUUCAAAUGAUGUCCAAGAGGAGGUACGGGACACAGCAGCAAGCCAAGACAGCUGCGACCCCAACACUGCUGUGACGGAGCUGCAGCCUCCGGAGGAAGGAGAGGAGGAAAGAGAAGGAAGGAGCAGGAUGGAGGUGAAAGUUGUGAGUAAACAAAGGAGGGAGCUGGACGCAUCUGAAGCAAAGCGAUCUCGUUCUCAGUCUCCUUCUGUCCCUGACGACUUGCCCGAAUUCAAACCGAACAACCCCCUCGGUAAAGAUUUCGUCGUCCCGGGUUUUUUCUGCAAUAUCUGCUCUGUCUUCUAUCGGAGCGAGAGCAUCGCCAAGGAGGUCCACUGCAGCAGCCAGGCACACUACGACAAACUGAAGAAACAUUAUCAGAAGCUUCGAGAGGAAUCAAUAAGCUCAACGCAAAGACUGACCCCAACAACUUCAACCGAAUCGGUAAAAAUGUGAGAGAGCUGGACGAGCUUUAAGUUCACCCUCUCACAGUUACGGUGCCUUGUUCUGCUCUACAGUUUUUUUUUUUGCAUCAAUCAUCAAACAUCAAUAAAAAAUGAACCUUUUUGAAAGUUGCUACAAGACGUCUUCAAAUCAUCGAUUGAUUAAUAACUUCAGCAAUUUUGGUACAGUCAAGGUAAGAAUGUAAGUGCACAUCCAGUUUCUAUUUUCAUUCAAUGAUCUGUUUUUACAUCAUUUUCCAACAACCCCCCUUGUGUCCUUUUCUUCUGCUGUUCCUCAAUUUGUCCAACUCAGAAACACAGAAUCACAUGUCAAACUGAGUUCAGACUUUGUAGUUCAGAGUAUCUUUUGACUCCCACAGUGCCCAUUCUUGAGAGGGGGUACCUUCAUAGUCCCAGGUCUUCUUUGCAGUGUGGUCAAAUAUGUCUUAAAGGGAUAUUUCAGUGUUUUUGAAGUGGGGUUGUAGGUGUCACUAGUCCCUGUAGCAGCCACAAUGGAUGCCGCUCAGCUCCGCCCCUUUAAUGUGAAACAACACGUAGGCUAGGCUACAUAUCUCUGCAGACGGGGGCCGGUUCUGCCACGCAAUUGAGCUAAUUUUGAGAGACUCUGACCCAUGUACUCAUCUCUGUUUAGUUGUAUGCACUACUGGGGAUUUAUUCAGGACUUACCUUUGCCAUCAGAAAGCCUGUUUUUGUUUUGGCGCUAUUUUCGAGUGCAACACAGACAUGCUGGGUCUGUGGACUGGUGGCAAAGAGCAUACACCUAAACCGAGAUGAAUGCUUGGUUGGAGUCUUUCAAAAUCUGCAAAAUUACGUGGCAGAACUGGCCCCGUCUGCAGAAAACUGUAGCCUAGCUUGUGUGCAGUUUCAAAUGGGCAACACCUAGGUCGAUUGGAUGAACUGUUUUCAAGCUAUGACAAUGCACAAGGGUGGAAUAGUGCCACCUGUUGGUCAAACUGCACCAAAUUUCCCACAGAUACUCAGUUAUCCUAUUUUCACAUGCCCACCAAAUUUGGUUGGAAUACAGGAGACGAGCUGAGCGGCAUCUGUUGUGGCAGGUACAACUACUAGUGACAUAAAACUCAUACUACCCCACUUAAAAAAAACUGAAACAUCCCUUUAAUAUAGAUUUGAUUGAGUCUUAAUGGCAGAAAAAACGACCCAUGUGUAACUGAAUACAGCUUGAAUUAACAAAUGGGCAACACCUAGGUCAAUUGGAUGAACCGCUUUCAAGCUAUGACAAUGCACAAUGGUGGAACAGCGCCACCUGUUGGUCAAACUGCACCAAAUUUUACACAGUCACUCAGAUAUCCUGUCUACACAUGUCCACCAAAUUUGGUUGGAAUCGCUUUGCAACAAGCAUUUGUACGAGUUUCGUGAACUUGCGAUAAAAAGCUGUUAUAAACACCAAAAUAAAAUGUUGUGGAGGAACUUUGUCAACUUGGCCUGAAGGUGAUCUGAACCAGAUUUAGUGAUGAGUUCUCAAAGUUUGGAGUAGUAAAAGUUUCUUGAGUUGCAGAAAAUUGAAGAUUCUGCCAGACUCAAAGAAAUGAGUAACAAGUUUUGCUUGGCUCAAAAGCACAAGACCAAAACACAAGGUUUGAUUCAUAUUUCUCACUUUGGUUUUUAACAACACAUUCAAAAGUGUGAUAUUAGAACAAACAAUACUCAAAGUAUCAGAUCUAUGCUUGUCAUGAAAAGGAGGCAAGGGGGAUAUCUCACUCUAAUGUAACAUGAAAUACCUUUUAAUGGAUGAUCUGUAUCUCAGAAGACUUUAUGUGUUGAAGCUUUAUAAAUGAAACCCUGAAUGUAAUCUUGUAUAUAUGUGAAAUGUUCAGGUUCCUUAACCAUUUGUUGUUGUUUCUAGUUUUGAAAUGACUUAUUUUCUUUCUUUGUUUAACUUCUGAACAUUAAUGAAGCGUUCCUUAGUUUCUGCAGUUUAUGUAACAAAGUCAUACAAUUUUAGAGAAGACCAUAUGAUGUAAUUACACACUAUGUGAGGUAUUGACUCAUAUUUGAAGGACAUAAAAUAUCAUAUACAGACACUUUGUGUUCAAAGUUCUUAGUUUUCAUAAGUUACCUUGGUGCCGUUUCUUUAGUCACAUGUGGUACGUGUAAUUUCUGUACAGCUUGCUUUGUUGUAUUUCUAUAAAAUAAAUAUAAACCUGGAAAUCAAA